UUCGAUGUCGUGAGCCAACCGCCAUGGCAUACAUGGAGGAAUUCUUGGAGAUCUGUGCCAGUGAGCGACGGCGGCUUCUACAGAUCGCCAAGGAACAAAAUGAUGCUUUUGGGCGCCAUGUCCAAGCAAGCUUCGCACGGCUGGCCCAGUCAAAACCUGAGCCAAAUGCUGGGAAUGAGGUGUCCCUGAAGAAAGAGGAAUUCACUCCAGUUGAAGGAUCUCACAAGCUGAGUCGCCUGCUGAGCCCACAACGGCCAGAGCUCUUGAGUGAGAACGUGGAUCCAUGGCCAACAUCCUUUUGGCCACUAUCCACUCAUACUGAACUGCAAGAUGUGCAAACCAAAGUGGAAGAAUCAACAGCGACUGUGUUUGCGGCCUCGAAGCGUGAUGGCGCAAAGCAUUCUACCGACAACUCUAUUGGGAAAAUCCAAGCGCAACAGUCAUCGAGCAAGAAAAUCAUGGAGACUGAAACCUCCAAAAUUUUGAAGUCACAAUCAUACACGAGAUCGCGCGGUAUGGGAGCAUGGGAGAGAGCUGCAGCUUAUGUGGAUUAUUUGGCCGCGAUUUUAGUUUUGCUGAACUCAGUUGUCAUGAUGUUGGAACUGGAGUUGGAAGGUCGCGCCAUUGGGCGCCAACUCAGCUUGUCUGAGGGGCCCAGUUUGGAGGAGCUGGAGGGUGUGUUCAAAACGCUGCACAACACCUUCGUGUUUGUGUUUCUGGGCGAGCUGAUCGUUAGGACGGUCAUCAGGGGGUUGGACUUCUUCCGUGACAUUGCGAAUUGGUUCGACAUCUUCCUAGUGGCUGCAGGAUUGUUGGAAGCUUUUGUCCUUGGCGGAGAUCCCAAGAACCUACUGAUGAUGCGACUAAUGCGAACAUUGAAAGCGUUCCGAGCCAUUCGGAUGGUUCGAACCUUUCGGCUGUUCAAAGGUCUACAGCUCUUGGUGAAGGCAUGCACUUGCUUUCUGCCUUCACUUGGCUGGUCGAUGGUACUAUUGGGUGUUUUCAUGUCGAUCGGCACUUUGGUCCUUGGCAACUUGCUACAGGAUUUCAUCGUAGAUGAUUCACAGAACCUGGAAGAUCGCCAUUGGAUUUGGAAUCGUUAUGGUACAGCCUAUCGGGCAAUGUACACACUCUACGAGAUCACAUUUGCAGGCAAUUGGCCUACAAAUGCCCGCCCUGUUUUAGAGAAAGUGAGCCAAGGAUUUGUGAUUUUCUUUGUCUCGUACGUUACGAUCAUCGUUUUUGCCAUUAUAAGAGUAAUAUCAGCGAUAUUUUUGAAGGACACCUUGGAUGCCGCACAGGCCGACGCUGAAAGCGUUGUGGUUGAUAGGCUCAGAAAGAAGGCUGAUUAUUUGCAAAAACUUGAAGUCCUCUUCCGUGCCCUGGACGAGGAGGGAGACGGGACAAUUUCAGAAGAGAAACUCAUCACCCUCUUUGAAAAUCCAAAGGUGGAAGCGUAUUUCCAGACUUUGGAUGUGGACGUCACAGAGGGUGCAGCACUGUUUAACAUGUUGGAUGAUGGCGAUGGCCAGGUAACUUUGGAUGAAUUUGUAGAUGGCAUUUUAAGAUGUCGGGGCCCAGCGCGGGCAUUGGACCAAGUGGCAAUGCGUGCUGACUUGAAGAACUUGGAUGUGAAGGUCAAUGCCUUGGUGCACUUUCUAGGCGCAAAAGUGCAGAAACAUUGAAUCGCUGAUGGCGGCUGCCAACUGCUGGUGUGUCAAGGUGCCAUUGGCAUUGCAGCUGUGGGUCACCAUUAAAGGUGCCUCCAGCUUUCUUAUUAGCGGCCAAGUCAUUUCAUUUGAUGCCGCUUCAGCUGGUGCUUCUCAACCUUAGCGUGGCUGUCCAAAUCGUGUGUCACUUUGCGCGUUUGUAAGUGCGGUUCAGGGAUUUGCUAGUGUUUUCCAAUUGUUCAAAUACUUGCCAAUUUGGAAGGCCCUUAGUUUCACUCCUUUGAAAUUGCCCCCUUUGAAAUUGUCCAGGCGACAGUAGGGCAGGAUUUCCCUGACUGCAAGGCGAAGGGAAUCUGGUUGCUUUAUUGAGAGAAUUUGUUGAUUGUUGUUUUCCCCUUGAGCGGCCAGAAAGAACGACCUUUGCAGUGGUCCAGUCUAGCUGGCCUCGGCCAGCCCCCCUGCGGGCCAAAGUGCACAUGUCCCAGUAACUAUCUCACCC